AUGGCUCAUGAGGACGCCGUUUACCUGGCCAAGCUUGCCGAGCAAGCUGAGCGCUAUGAGGAGAUGGUCGAGAACAUGAAGGUCGUCGCAUCCGAGGAUCGCGACCUGACUGUUGAGGAGCGCAACUUGCUCUCCGUUGCCUACAAAAACGUCAUCGGUGCCCGUCGUGCAUCCUGGAGAAUCGUCACCUCCAUUGAGCAGAAGGAAGAGUCCAAGGGCAACACGACCCAGGUCUCCCUGAUCAAGGAGUACCGCCAGAAGAUUGAAGAGGAGCUCGCCAAGAUCUGCGAGGACAUCCUCGAGGUUUUGAACAAGCACUUGAUUCCCUCCGCCACCUCUGGCGAGUCCAAGGUCUUCUAUCACAAGAUGAAGGGAGACUACCAUCGCUACCUUGCCGAAUUUGCCGUCGGUGACCGCCGCAAGGACUCGGCCGACAAGUCUCUUGAGGCGUACAAGGCUGCCACUGAGGUUGCUCAGACUGAGCUUCCCCCGACUCAUCCCAUCCGCCUGGGUCUGGCACUGAACUUCUCCGUCUUCUACUACGAGAUUCUCAACUCGCCCGAUCAAGCUUGCCACCUCGCCAAGCAGGCUUUCGACGAUGCCAUUGCCGAACUUGAUACUCUGAGCGAGGAAUCUUACAAGGACUCGACUCUGAUCAUGCAGCUUCUGCGUGACAACCUGACCCUGUGGACGUCGUCCGAGGCCGAGCCCGCGCAGGCUGGCCCUAGCGACGCUCCUCCCGCGAACAAGGAGGAGGAGGGUGCCACCGCUGACGCGCCGGCCGCGGCGUCUGAGGAGGCGCCCAAGCCCGAGUAA